UCUCUUCCCCCUUUUCUCCCAUCAAAAUUCUUCACGUGGCAGCCCACAAACCCUUUUGCAGCAGGAGAGAAUAUUACGGAGCUCCCUCACUUCUCCUGCCCACGGCUGGUCAGUAAAUACGCCAUACAAGAGAAGCUAGAUAUUUUCUUCUACUUACGCAGUGGACGCCCAUCAAUGGCUUUCUACAAUUUCAUUUUGAAUCAGCUACUGAGAAGCGAAACACCUCAACAGUUAAUCAAGCAGGCUGCUGAAGAUGUCUAUGUGUUGGCCCUGUCCUCUUUUAGCGUCUCCUCUAUCAUCGCCUCCUGCGUGUGCUUUCUUGAGCUACUUGGAGUCAGUAGUCACAAGUUACGGGUAGAUGUCAAUGUGGCCAACAUUAUCCAGAAGAACACUAUAUCUAACCCAGAGGAACCAGCAUACAAAUCCCAUACGCAGGAAUUAGCACAAAGAUUGUUAAAGCUGGUGGACAAUGAGACCGAGGCUGCUAAAGAUCUUUUAAUGAGCUUGGAGGAAGUUGUGGCUGUGGAUUUGGAAAAAGAGGACAGCAGUUCUUGCAAUGGCUUAUGGGUCACGGCUGUACAGUUUUGUCACUUGCACUCCAUUCCGACAAGCUGUUUACAUCUGAGACACUUUGCACGGAAACAAAAUUGGCUGCAACUCCUUGUUCACGCAAACAGCCAGGAGCAGAUUUUCCUUGUUCUGAAUGAGCUCAACCCUGUUUUGGGUAGCCACAUCGCCUUAGCCCUGCAGGGUAACGGGUCUGCUCACUGCACCAUACAGGAAACGGACAUGGAGACAAACCCAAAUACUGUCCAUCAUGUUCUGCAAAAAUGCCUCAGUACAGCGGAAGAGGGACAGACACUUCUGAAAGAGUGCGGGAGGCACGGUGUACCUCUGUUUAGUGUGUUAGCAACUUGUACAGAGAAUGCAGACAUCCUCUCCUGUAUGUGCGCUUGGAUUGUUACAUCGGUGAAUGCUACCACACACUUAGAAAUUACACAGACGUUGUCGACUCCUGAAGACCACAAGUGGAACCUAGAAGAUCUCACACAGAUCUGGAAUAUUGUGCUGGGAAGGAAGGACAGUGGGACAUUACACAAAGCAUUCACCAUAUUUAUGGAGGACUGCCCACUGCUGCUCUUGCUUGAUAUGUUUGAACUCUGUCUGGAAUACAAGGAUUAUUCACAAGCUAAAGAAAGAAUACUGGAAUUCCAGAAGAAACUAAAGGAGCUCCAGUCUGUUGAUGACGCCUCUACAUUUCCAGUCCCAGUAGUGUGGCUUCAGACCCAAGCAUCUCAUCUUCUGCGGGUUCUCCUCCUCCAGAGCCGAACUUCAUACGAAGUGCAGAAAGUUUUGCAGCUUCUGUGUGACGCCACCUGUCAGCCUUUAUGUGGAGAUCUGGAUAUACACAAACUAAGGGUUCUCACUGAAAUCAUAGAGGACCAACCAUUCUUCAUCAGAAGGGAACUUCUAAAUGACUAUAGUCCUGCAGCACUACAGGAAGAAUGUCAGAGGCUUCUGCAGAUACUUCUGGAUGAGGGACAGUUCUCUCUGGCACAUCAAGUAGCAAAACUGGCAGAACUGCCCACUGACAACCUGGUCAUAGAGGAGGUGUUGCAGAUCCGGCUCCUAAUGCAAGAGCUUGGGCAGUGGGAAUGUCCUCAGAGUCGGGCACAGCACUGGAGGAAGUGUCAUGAGAUUUUCAACACCAACAACCUUUCCCCAUUGAUGGCAUCCAGCUUCUUCCGAUCUCAGGCAUCCCAUUACAUGGCCCCUACAGUGCUCACGGCAGAGAAAAUGGAAUCCUUGGCAGAACAGGAGCUUUUAUUGACUCUUUCUGGACAUUGGCUUUCAAAGGAUGAUAGUACACCAGUGGUGACUUUAGAGGAGUUGGAACAGCAGAUCUGGAAGUGUCGCAUUGAGCAGGAGAUAGUAGAUAGUAGUGGUGGGCUACGAUUGCUCCCUGCACUGUCUGCAUUCGCUAGUCUGACCACAGAUUUCUCCUUCUCUUCUAUACCUGUGCUUAACACCCCUCUGCUGCUAGAUAUUGCCACUUUGCCUCCACUUUGUAAUACCACUCAGGAUAUACCAGACUGCUCCCGGGUACUGAGCUCCCUCAUAGAUCUGCUUCUAGAUGAAAGCAAGGUUCACGAGGCCAGCCGUGUAUGCAGGUACUUCCAGCUGUCCCAUUUGGAUGUAUGGAUUGUGCUGAGCUGUAGGGCUCUGGCCUCAGGGGAAAUGUCAAUACAUCAGCUGCAUCCUGGCAUUCAGAAUAUCCUUGCAGCAGGCAUAGAGGCACAAGAGAACAUAUGGAGCCGCAGAAAAAGACUACAGAGCUCAUCCAGUGUGGAGUCUCCAACCACUCAGAGCCCCACUGACCCCAUCUUGAUGAAUCUGGAGAUCUUGAAAGGUACCUGUAAGCAUGGCAAGACGUUUUGCAGACAACUGCUGUGUAUGUACGAGCUGAGCCAGGAUCUUGGUUGUUCCUUCUUGGAAGUGUCUUCUCGAGAUCCAAGUGAAGUUCUGCGUACUGUGCUGUCCAAGAAUCGCCCUGAGCUUGCUGAUACAGCGCAGGCAGUUAUAAGCUCCCAUGGGCUGGCUCCAGAGACGGUGGCCCAAAUAGUAGCCGAGGAGCGCCUGAAACUCUGGAGGACUCUGGACAAGGAAGGAGGGCAAGCGGAAAUAUAUAAUGUCUCUGAGAUGAGAGCCAACUUUUUGCAAUUUGCAAAGCUGUGUCCUGACCCAAAUCUGGUGGGGUUAAAUCUACUGGAGCAUCUGGAGACUGUUCCCCUUACUGAGCUACAAGCCAUUAUUGAGGUCCUCAUCUCUGCACAUGAUUGCUUCAGUCUGACUUGUCACUUGGAGGGGAUAAGGCGUGUUUUACAUGUAUGCCGCCAUCUGACGGAGAUGCACUUGGCACCAAAACAAGAGUAUAGUCUCAUGGUUAGGCUCCUGUCUGGGAUCGGUCGCUACAAUGAUAUGGUUUAUGUGUUUGACAUUCUACAUAAGAACCAGCACUUUGAGCUUCUGCUGAGGAAACAGCUGGAUACUAAAGGUGGAUUGCAGACAGCGCUUCUGGAGUAUAUUAAACGUUGUCAUCCUGGUGACAGUGAAAAACACAACAUGACCGCACUAUGCUUUAGCCUGCACCGUGAUAUCGGCCACAACCAUGAACAUGCAGCAAAGAUCCAACUCAAGUUAAUCCAGUCUCAACCUUGGGAAUAUUGGAUGUCUGAAUUAGAAGAGCUGAAAUCUUCCAUUAUGAAGGCACUCACUCUGCUUAUUGAUGCUGCUGAGAGCUAUUCAAAGGAUUCAUGUGUCCGUCAGUCCCUGCGAUGUGCCCGCCUCACCCGUCUUCUGACUCUACAGCUUCACCUAUUGAAGAGUGGUCACAAAACUAGGCUCAUCAAUUUGGAUCGAGAGAACUUAAUGGAGGCCAUAUUGGCACUGCCACGAUUCUACCAGGCUGUUAUACUUACUGAAGCUUAUGACGUGCAGCCAGACUGGGCUGAGGUUCUGUAUAACAAAGUGGUUCUUGGAGGUGACUUCCAGUAUCUAAAAGAACUGAAGCAGCGGCAGUUGCUCAACAAAGGAGUGUUUGAGCAGAUAUCCAACAAGUGUAAACUGAACCCCCCAGGAGUGACUGGACUGCAGAACUUGAAAUGCGUCAUCGGUGAUUGCGAGGACAUUAACGUGCGAUACAAUUUAGCCAUUGAGAACAAUUUCUAUGACAUCACUGAUGUCCUGAUGAGAGACUCCCAGACUCGCUGUUGUCUCACUGAUAUGCUGUCUCAGUAAUACAAACUGGAGCCAUUCUAAUCAUCCGAGUGAUAACACAUCGUUAGAAUAUACAGUUCAGCACUUUCUGUUAAUCUACUCAAUACAGUGUUUCCAAAUGCAUUUGUAGCCAAUCAGAGGCCUGUUAUCUACCUCCAUCCAAUG